CAGAGCCGCCGCGCUGCAUAACGGCGCAGUGACGGGCUGUGCGGCCGGUUGCCGGCUGCCGCGCAUGCGCAGAGGCGUUGCCGCCCCUUCCAUUCCGUUCCGUCUGUCACCUCACAAUCGGGCGGCGGCGGGACCGGCACCGGGGCCGCCCUUUCCCCUUCCCCUCCGCCCGCCAGGGCUCCGGCUGCCGCCCGGCGGCCGUGCCCGCGCCCCCAUGGAGGAGCCGCUGGCCCUGCACCCGGUGAAGCUCUAUGUGUACGACCUGUCCAAGGGCAUGGCCCGGCGCCUCAGCCCCCUCAUGCUGGGGAAACAGCUGGAUGGCAUCUGGCAUACCUCCAUAAUAGUCCAUAAGGAUGAGUUCUUCUAUGGCAGUGGAGGAAUCUCCAGCUGUGCACCUGGAGGGACACUUCUUGGCCCCCCAGACUCAGUUGUUGACCUGGGGAACACUGAAGUCACAGAAGAAAUUUUUCUGGAAUAUCUUUCCUCAUUGGGGGAAUCUAUGUUCCGAGGAGAGUCUUAUAACCUCUUUGAACAUAACUGCAACACCUUCAGUAAUGAAGUGGCACAGUUCCUGACAGGAAGAAAAAUCCCUUCCUACAUCACUGACCUUCCAGCUGAAGUUCUUGCCACACCUUUUGGACAAGCUUUAAGGCCCCUCCUGGACUCCGUCCAGAUCCAGCCACCCGGAGGAAAUACCUUCAGCAGACAUAACGGACAGAGCUAACAGGAGUGACCCAGUCUGCCCAGCCUCACCAGGCCUCUUCCUUUUUAAACGUGAAUCUACCAGAUUUCUAUUUUAUAACUUCCCAUCAGAAUUAACUCUACAGAAGUUACAAGACAAGUUUUAAAAUUUCCUAGGGAGAGGAUUUAUCAGGGUGCAUGUAAGACAAUGCUACCAAAAAGAUUGCCAUAAUUUCUAAUAGUAUCAUACUAAUUUAUAAAGGCUGUCUUGUCCGAGUAGGCUGACACUUUCUAAGUAACUCCCGUGCUGGUAAGUGGGAAUUCAUUCCAUAAGGAUUCAAGGGCCCAUUACACAAUUUGGAGUAAACAAGGGGAUGUCCUAGCCAUCCCUUGCAGGCUUGCAUCUCUUUCUCCUGUCACUGUCUAUAUUAUAGGGGUAUUUGCUGAAGUCUGUAGCAAAAAGACAAAGGAAGUAUUGGUAGCCUAGGAAGUGAAGGUGUCUCAGGAUUAGUCUUCGGUGUAUUUCAUUGACAUAAUGUUAUUUGCUCAGGGGAAAAGCUGAACUCAUCUGAUUAGCAUAUUUGCAGUGGCACGGCUGUGUGGGAAAGGUGAUCAAGCUGAACUGUGUGUCAGUGUCACACUCCAUAGUUGAAACUUUCAAUGGGACUAGCUGUGUGUGGGAGGGAGGCUGGAACCGAAGGUUACGAAGAGCUUCGUAAUGCUAGAUCUGAGAGUUACGGGAAAGAACCAGCUGAAAGAACAGAAUCUCAUGAGUAGAAGUGGUAGAAACAAAUUUCACGUGAAAGUAAAAUGAAGUAAAAUGUUCCUUUUCUCGCAUGUAAGCUUAUCCACAGA